UACCUCAUGUGAGGAAUUUUAAGUUGGAACAGGAGCAGGAAAAAAAACAAAUUUUAUCAGAAACCCUGGAGACUCUGGCUGCUGAGCAUCAUGAAUUAGAGCAGCCUCUGGUUACAGGCUCACCAGUCCUCAGCAACCUUAGUGAAGACGAGUUCUAUGAUGCACUGUCAGAUUCCGAGUCUGGACAUUCCCUGAGUAGAUUGGAAGCAGUGACAACACACUCCUUUGAAGAGGAAGGACGGCGUUGGGACAGGAUGUCCGAAGGAAAAGAUUGUGGCGGAGGACAUGCUCUCUCCAAUGGCAUCAAAAAACACAGAACAAGCUUGCCCUCCCCUAUGUUUUCCAGAAAUGACUUCAGUAUCUGGAGCAUCCUCAGAAAAUGCAUUGGAAUGGAACUAUCCAAGAUCACCAUGCCAGUUAUAUUUAAUGAGCCUUUGAGCUUCCUACAGAGACUCACUGAAUAUAUGGAGCACACAUACCUCAUCCACAAGGCCAGUUCACUUUCUGAUUCUGUGGAAAGGAUGCAGUGCGUGGCAGCUUUUGCUGUAUCUGCUGUUGCUUCUCAGUGUGAACGAACCGGAAAGCCUUUCAACCUGCUUCUGGGAGAGACUUACGAGUUAGUUCGUGAUGACCUUGGUUUCAGACUCAUCUCCGAGCUGGUCAGCCAUCACCCACCCAUUAGCGCAUUUCAUGCUGAGGGAUUAAACAAUGAUUUCAUCUUUCAUGGUUCAAUCUAUCCCAAGCUGAAGUUCUGGGGGAUGAGUGUGGAAGCAGAACCCAAAGGAACCAUCACCUUGGAGCUCCUCGAACACAGUGAAGCAUAUACGUGGACAAAUCCUACCUGCUGUGUACAUAAUAUCAUUGUGGGUAAACUGUGGAUUGAGCAGUAUGGCAACGUGGAAAUCACAAACCACAAGACUGGAGACAAAUGCGUGUUGAAUUUUAAGCCGUGUGGCCUUUUUGGUAAAGAACUACACAAAGUUGAAGGCUACAUUCAAGAUAAAAACAAAAAGAAGCUCUGUGCGCUCUAUGGGAAGUGGACUGAGUGUCUAUACAGUGUUGACCCCGCCACGUUUGAUGCUUACAAAAAAAACGAUAAGAAAAAUACGGACGAGAAAAAGAACAGCAAACAGAUGAGGGCCUCUGAGGAGGUGGACGAGAUGCCGAUGCCAGAUUCUGAGAGUGCACUUGUUACCCCCGGGUGUGCUCUCCUGGGGCGAAUAGCCCCACAGCCUCCCAAUUCUGCCCAGAUGUAUAAUUUUACUAGCUUUUCAAUGGUUUUGAAUGAAAUGGACAAGGAUAUGGAGAGUGUGAUUCCUAAGACAGACUGCAGGUUACGGCCUGAUAUCAGAUACAUGGAAAAUGGAGAAAUAGAUCGAGCUAGUGAAGAAAAAAAACGACUUGAGGAAAAACAAAGAGCAGCCCGCAAAAACGGGUCCAAGUCCGAAGAGGACUGGCAGACAAGGUGGUUCAAUCAAGGUCCUAAUCCUUACAACGGAGCACAGGACUGGCUUUACUCUGGCAGCUCCUGGGACAGAAACUACUUCAAUUUGCCUGACAUUUAUUUUUUAAAAAAUGCAGAAGAAUCAGGGCAUUUGGCUAAUCUACAAAUAAGUCUUAAACUUAUGUUUUUAAAUUCCUCUCCUUGGUUUCUACUCAUCUUUUUAAAAAAGAAAAAAAACCUGCUCAUGAGAUAACUCGCAUUUCAUCCAACAAAAAUAGAGUGUAAGGUGGUAUUAGUGAUGAAAGUCUUAGAAAAA